AUGGAGCGUGCACGCGGGGACAGAGCGGCGGCGCGGGGCGUGGAGGGAGCGAGGGACGCACGUCCCACCGCGCAGGGGCGUCGGCGGAGACUGCCCGCGGCCGCUUACGGCGCGGGCGGCGAACAGCUGAUUUCAGUUCAGCCCGCUUACACCUGUGCAUUGGCUCGGUCGGCACGGCGGAUUCGCUCCCAGAUAACGCCGCGGUUAAUCAAACCGUUAGCACUGCGACUCUCCGUGCCGUCGUGCGCUCCGUUCUCCGUCGGUUUGGCGGGUUCCACGUCACUUGGAGCGUGUUCAGUGAAAGUAGCUCGACGCAACAUUGCCGGACUGUUAUUGAGAUAUUUUAGUCUCGAAUUAAAAUUGACGAAAUUCUCUAUCUACACG